AAGCCAAUCGGAAGCAUGGGAGGGCGCGUCAUGACGUCGCCAUCCUGGAAACAAAACAUAUCGGCCUUAACCGAGGAAGUGCCGCUACCUGACGUGAGUACUGGAGGUAAGAGAUGGUCACAUUUACCGGAUAAACGAAUGCUUCUGUUGUUUUUCUCUCAUGGUUUUAACGAAGCUGUAGGUGCUUCGCAGUGUGUUACCGACGGUGACGUCUCUCAGUGUAUCCGUCUCUACUUCUUGCUCUCUCUGAUCCUGAUGAUGGUGUUGAAGGAGGUUCCAGCUGAGAACAUUGCCCGUCCUUUGGGCAGGAACGAGGUCAUUGGUCUGCUCUUCCGUCUCACCAUAUUUGGAGCCGUCACCUACUUUACCAUCAAAUGGAUGGUGGAUGCCAUCGACCCCACCAGGAAACAGAAGGUGGAGGCUCAGAAACAGGCAGAGAAGUUGAUGCGUCAGAUUGGUGUUAAAAACGUGAAGCUUUCUGAAUAUGAGAUGAGUAUUGCAGCUCACCUGGUCGACCCACUUAGCAUGCAGAUCACGUGGCGGGACGUUGCAGGUCUGGACGAGGUAAUCACGGAGUUAAAGGAGACGGUCAUCUUACCUGUUCAGAAGAGACACCUGUUCCAGGGGUCCAGACUGCUGCAGCCUCCUAAAGGCGUGCUGCUGUAUGGGCCUCCGGGGUGUGGUAAAACGCUAAUCGCCAAGGCAACGGCCAAAGAGGCGGGUUUUCGCUUCAUCAACCUGCAGCCGAGCACUCUGACAGACAAAUGGUACGGCGAGUCCCAGAAACUGGCUGCUGCUGUGUUCUCAUUGGCUGUUAAACUGCAGCCAUCAGUCAUCUUCAUUGAUGAAAUAGACUCGUUCCUGAGGAGUCGAUCCAGCUCAGACCAUGAAGCCACAGCCAUGAUGAAGGCUCAGUUCAUGAGUCUGUGGGACGGACUGGAUACUGACUACCACUGCCAGGUGAUCAUAAUGGGAGCCACUAAUCGUCCUCAGGACCUGGACUCAGCCAUCCUCAGGAGGAUGCCCACCAGGUUCCACAUCAACCAGCCUAGUGUGAGGCAGAGAGAGCAGAUCCUCAGACUCAUCCUGGAGAACGAAAGCGUGGACAUGUCUGUUGACCUCUCCGACAUCGCCAAGGAAACAGAUGGUUUCUCAGGAAGUGACCUCAGAGAGAUGUGUCGUGACGCUGCGCUGCUCUGUGUCCGAGACUUCGUCCACACUCAGAAUGACAGUCUGUCGGAGGACUACAUCCGUCCCAUCCAUCAGUCGGACCUUCAGAAGGCAAUCAGUAAGAUGAAGAAAUCGAAAUCGGCGGGUGGACAGAGCGCCCUGCUGCAUGCUGCUCUGGACUGAAAACUCACACACUGAUCACAUGACGACGUGAGCCCGGCCUGCAGUCGUGGGUUUGAUUCCCAACCCGUUGAUCAGUUUGGUGUGUUCAACGUGCCACUGCUUCUUGUGUUCUUAUUUCAGUCAGCUGCUGACAUCCAUCUGCAUCUUCAAAAAUGUGUCAAACAAACACUGAGAAUCAUUUGUUGACCCAGAAAUGAAAAAGUGAAAGAAUUUGUUGGUUUCCACUGUAAAUUAUCUCACUGUUAAGUUUCUUUGUGUAUUCAGAGCAGUGACUCCAACCUCUCUGCCUUAAAUCUGUAAAAACCUUUAAGAUGGCAGCUGUUGCCAUUGAGACACCUCCAGCCAGAGCAACACAGCUGAUCAAAAAUAAAAGAGUUAACUGAUAUAAAUUUGUGGAUUUUUCUGCUAAGAUAACCUGUGAACAUUUGUUGUGACUCUGUUGGAAGCUGAACUGGAAACUCGUUUAUCAGACCAGUAUGAAUCUCACAAAAUGUAGUAAAAAGUCAAGAGUACAACUUAAAAUAAUUCAAAUGAAUUGAAGAGUAGAAUAUAAUAUAAAGUUACAUCUACCUAUAAAGCGUUACAUUUAUUGUUAAACUCUGUUUUAAUGAUUAAAUAAACAGUAUCCUGUGUAUUUUUGUCUUGUUUUACUACAUUUUGUCAGUUUAGGCUUCUGUACAAAAUAACAAAUUUCAAUCUGAGACGAUAAAUCUUACGCAAUUAAAGUGCGUCACGCUAUGUACAUUUAUACUGUUGUUACAGUUUAUUAAACUUUUUUUUAAUCUGG